UGUAGCUUGAAAGACAACACAGAACGUUCAAUAAUAAAAAGCUCAAGAAAAAUGUUGGAGUGUGUUCAGCCAGUCACGGCUUCGGUGAAUCGCCAACAUUACAACACUACCAAUGUCUCCACUACGGCGCCUUCUGUCGACGAGUGUCUGCAGAAGAAAAACGGAGGAGAGAGCAAGGUGCCCGUCAGAUGCAAAGCCGCCGAUCCGCGAAGAGAAGAAAACGCUGCCUCGCUUUCCAUCCCAAUACCAUUCCAAUCACAGAAGUACAGCUGGGACUGUGGACUCGCCUGUUGUUCUAUGGUACUUCGGUACCUGGGCAAAGACGACAGCACCAUCUACAAUACGGACCUAGAACAGCUACAAUGUGGACAGAGUGUCUGGACAAUCCAUCUUGCCUACCUGCUGAAGUACCAUGGGGUGGUCACGAAAUUCUUCACGGUCACCUUGGGGGCAGAUAAAAAUUAUGCUGAACAGAAAUUCUACCAAAGCCAUUUUGACAGUGACGAGGCAAAGAUAAAUCAACUGUUUGAAAGUGCACACAGAAACGGAGUCUCGGUAACAAAACAAUCUGUUGAACUCCAAACCAUCCUCCAACAUCUCAGCCUCGGAAACAUCCUCAUCUGUCUCCUCGACUCCCUUGUACUCACACAGAACAUUUUCUAUGAGAAAUGUGGACAUUUGACAUGCUUCCGAGACAGCCGCAGUUCUUACCAAGGUCACUUUGUUGUCGUCUGUGGGUACAACAAGAUCAAACAACAAAUCUACUACAAAAACCCUGCACUGAAUCAUGAUGAAGUCAGCAGUUGCAGUUGGAAGACCUUUGACACGGCCCGCAAACGUUAUGGCACCGAUGAAGACCUUCUCUUCAUUUACACUUCUUGAGAGACACUUUAGUGGUGAUGGUGGAGGCGGUUGGAGCAUGGUGGCCGCAACAGACGCUUUGUAGAGACAGAAAGGGAGCGAGAGAAAGUGAAGGAGAGAGAGAGAGAGAGAAGUGGAAGUAAAGAGUGGGAAGAUGGUGGUGGUGGUGGGUGUAGGCUUGAAUAGCUGCAUUGUGGAAACAGAGAGAGAGAGAGAGGGGAUAAGAGAAGUGAAGGAGGGAAAGGAAGUGGUAAAAGGUUAUAGAAUGAGUGGUAGUGGUGGUGGAUGGAGGUUGAUAGCUGGAACAACUGUAUUGUGGAAAGAGAGGGAGAGAGAGAUAGAGAGUGGGAGUGAGCUGAGGGAUGGAAGUGGAAAUAAAGAUGGUGGGAGGCAUGGGAGGGAGAGAACAGAAAGUGUUGGUAGGAGGUAGAAGGGGGAAGAGGAAGUAAGAGAUCUGAGAGGGUAGCAGAGAGAGAGAGAACAGAAAGUGUUGGUAGGAGGUAGAAGGGGGAAGAGGAAGUAAGAGAUCUGAGAGGGUAGCAGAGAGAGAGAGA